ACAAUAUAAAAUACAGGAAGGAGUAGACAAGAACAACAAGACGUAAUAAUAAAUAGAAAUGUCUAUGGACUUGUGUAGACUUGAACACUACACGGUGGUUUUGUUGUCAAGGACUGUUUACAUUAUGAGAUAUUUUCAGCCAUUUUUUGUGUGCGCCAUUUUUUAAGCGAUAAGCUUUCUUAACCUGAGAGAGUUUCAGAUUUUAAUGAGCAAAAUUCCAAGAUUCUGAGUCAAAUACUAAAUGAUUAAAAUCAUAGCUUACUGAUUGGUCAAUUUCAUUACUGUUCAGAUAACAUAUUGACCAAUCAGAUGUCUUAAAAGUCUUCACUCCUCAAAAUAAAAAUAAUUGAUAAUGUAAACAGCCCUUCAUAGAGCAGUUAUAAUAAAAUAAAAACUUUUAUCCUUUUGUUCAUGAUCUUUGUUAACUUGUUCAAAAAACAGAACUUUAAUAUAAAUUUGUUCAUCAAAAACCAGUUUCUUUCUUUUGUCAUGUCUGCAGACAAGGAUCAUUCCCCCUUCACCCUGGUUUUCUCAACUCCCUCUCCCCCUCACAAUCUUUCCUUUCUCCAGAACAGGAAAAGACGCUAGCUGCCCUCAAUAAUAACCUCUAACAACUAAAUACAACAUUACAACAAUAAACCAUAGGAUGGAGAAAUUCUAAAAUUAACCACUAAUCGUCUGAACUGAAUUCAUCAAAUCUGAUUGGCUAAAAAGGUAACAGUUGACUAAAUCAACCAAUCAGAGUUCUGAAUAUCAAUUCUGACAAUACCUCCUUCACCUCUCACCUGAUAUAUGUCCCUUACCCAACCCUAAACCCUUUACUAACGUUGUUUUCUUUCUUUAGAACUCAUCAAGCAAUUUGUUAUUUCAUGAAGUGAUUCUGGGCACGUAUUCUCAAAAUGAUCUUAGCGCUAGGAUAUCCUAGAUACAAGGUUAAAAGAUAAGACCCUAGACAUCAUAGCACUAAGAUAGUUAUGAGAAUACAUGUCCUGGCUUUCACAAAAACAUUGUAUUUGAAAAACACUCUUACACCAUCUCAUAUCAAUUUUCAAUAACUAGCAAGCACCUGUUAAUAACACUGGGUCUUCCAAUUCUGUUGAACCAACACAUAAUAAUUUGUAGAUAUUUGGUCAGUAAACCAUCUUGGUUUUAUCAAUGUAUAAACCACAUGGACGUCAGGCUUUCCAACACUUUUGUUGCAGUUUCACGCAAAUCAAUUCCAUCCAAUUGGCCAGCAAAUAAAUUAUUUUGAUCACUGUACGUGUCUAUGACAUCAGCCUCUUUAAAACUUUUAUAACAUCAC